AUGCCAUAGCCUCUCGCUAUGAAAAACAAUGGCAUAUCCGAGUUAAAGUCCGUACUGGAUGAAUAGCCUAAAACAAGUCAAAGUGAGACAGAGAGGGGAGGCCUUGUCUUGAGAGAUUUCUGCUCCUCCAGCACAGGGAGCGUGAUGUCAGCGGUGGCAGUGCUGUUGUAAUUGACUUGGUGAGGGUGAUGGCGUCAUUUUAUGCCCUGGUGUAGCCUCCUGCUCCUAUAGCGAAGGGGAGACGGAUCUUUAGCCGACGCGACCGUGGCUCCCUUGGCGGCGAUCGAGCACCGCAGAGCCGGACACGAAACGCCGGGAAACAUGGAGGCUGUGGCCGAGGAGCUGCGGGCCGGCUCUCGGGUACCUGUCACUAUCGAUCAAAUAGUUAACGAUACACUGGUGGUGACGCUGACCUACCGAGAGAGGAACUAUACGGGGAUAUUACUUGAUUGCAACAAAAAGACUGGGCUAUUCUGUCUACCAGAUUUCAAAGCAAAUACCAGGCACUUCCCGAUAUCUACACCGGCGUGUGAAGUCCCAGAAGUUCUGAGUGAGGAGCCGGUUUCCAAAUCUCCCAGCCAGGCUUCACACAGACCAAAGGAUGAAAAUAGUCUCCCAGAAAGCAGCUUACCUUCUGCACCUCUUCCCUGCCCUGUACCCACACCAGUGCUUGCUGGACAGACUCCUUACCCUCCUUAUUUUGAAGGAGCCCCCUUCCCUCAGCCCUUAUGGGUGCGCCACAGCUACAGCCAAUGGGUACCUCAGCCCCCUCCACGGCCAAUCAAGAGAAAGAAAAGGCGAACGAGAGAGCCUGGCCGCAUGACCAUGAGUACUAUCCGUCUACGGCCACGGCAGGUACUGUGUGAAAAGUGCAAGAACACACUGAACAGUGACGAGGACAGCAAAGAUGGCAUGAGCAACACUAAGACUUCUAGAAAAGAGAAUGCAAUACAGAGCGAUGAUGACGGUGAAGACAAGGACACCCCUUCUAAGCUGUUGAGAAAAGAGGAUGUUGUUGCAGCCAAGGACACUAAGAGACGUGAAAAUGGCCCCAGCCUUGACAGCAAGCGUCUCAGGAAGGACAAAAGGGGGGAGCCUGAAGGGGAGAAGUUCCCCGGAGGUGACGUUAUCCCCCACAGUCCUGUCAUAAAGAUCUCCUACAGCACUCCACAGGGCAAGGGGGAGGUCAUGAAGAUCCCCGCGAGAGUCCACGGGUCAGUCAAGCCUUUCUGCCCAAAACAACUGGCGCUGAAUGGCCUGGGAGAAAACGGCAAGAUGCCUUCUGAUCCCACAAAGGAGCAACGGCACAUUUUAGAUGCCACAAGGUCUGGCCUGACCGUGUCCAUUCCCAAACUCAAACUUACCAGGCCCUAUACAACUGUGGGUCAGGACUUGCCUUCUCCAAAGAUCCACUUGAGACCCCCUCAGAGGGAUGGUGAGGACAGUGUGGUGGAGUAUGAGGCAGAACUUGUAGGAGGCACCAGGAGACGAAGCCCCAGGGUGCCCGGGCCAUGCCUCCCCCACUCUGACGACUCGGGGGAAGGUAAAAACUCUCUGGAGUUGUGGUCUGGGAGUUCGGGAGAGGAGGUGGAGCGCGGCCACAGCGACCUUACCCUUCUUAUUAAUUUCCGUAAGCGUAAAGCGGAUUCUUCUAGCCUGUCAGUGUGCAGCAGCGACAGUCUAGACGAGUCCAAGUCCUUCAGCUCCGACGGCACCUCACCAGAACUCUGCGACCUGGCCCCGGGGGAAGACCUGUCCGUCACCUCGUCUUCCGUCCCAUUACGGGAGGACUGCAAGACAGUGCCACCGCUUACUGUGCGGCUUCACACCCGCAGCAUGACAAAGUGCGUAACCGAAGAGGGUCACGCCGUUGCUGUGGGUGACAUCGUGUGGGGGAAGAUUCACGGCUUCCCCUGGUGGCCCGCACGCGUCCUCAGCAUCAGUGGCACCCGCAAACAGGAGACGGCCAGCUGCGAGGCCCAGUGGCCCCAGGCCAAGGUAGCGUGGUUCGGUUCACCCACCACCUCCCAACUCUCCGUUGCCAAACUGUCGCCCUUCAGGGAACUCUUCAGGUCCCGCUUCAACCGCAAGAAGAAAGGGAUGUACCGAAGAGCAAUCCAGGAGGCAGCCAAGGCGGUGGGCCACAUGAGCCCCGAGAUCACAUCGCUGCUGUCCCACAGUGACACGUAG